GGCAGGACCUUGCCCCAGCCCCACAGGCCAAAGCCGGUGAGGGGUACCGGGUCCACCGACUCCGGAAGGCGAGGAAGACCCAGCUCGCGCGAAGCCGUGUCAGGCGGGGCCCGCCGGGGCGGGGCGUUGCCAGGCCGGCCGGUUGCGUAGCAACGGUGGGCAGCGCGUGACGUGCGCAGCGGCGUCCGGGCCCUCCAGGCGCCUGCCCGCCCCUGGGAGGCUCGCGCGGUUGCUGUGAGGAGGACGCUCCGCAGACUCGGUGCCGGCCGGCUCUCUCUCGGCGCUCUGCGACCGCUGCGGCGAACAUGGCCUCAGGAGUGCAAGUUGCUGAUGAAGUAUGUCGCAUUUUUUAUGACAUGAAAGUUCGGAAGUGCUCCACACCAGAAGAAAUCAAGAAAAGAAAGAAGGCUGUCAUUUUUUGUCUCAGUGCAGACAAAAAGUGCAUCAUUGUAGAAGAAGGCAAAGAGAUCUUGGUUGGAGAUAUUGGUGUAACCAUAACUGAUCCUUUCAAGCAUUUUGUGGGAAUGCUUCCUGAAAAAGAUUGUCGCUAUGCUUUGUAUGAUGCAAGCUUUGAAACAAAGGAAUCCAGAAAAGAGGAGUUGAUGUUUUUUUUGUGGGCACCAGAACUAGCACCUCUGAAAAGUAAAAUGAUCUAUGCGAGCUCCAAGGAUGCGAUCAAAAAGAAAUUUCAAGGCAUAAAACACGAAUGUCAAGCAAAUGGGCCAGAAGACCUCAAUCGGGCUUGUAUUGCAGAAAAGCUAGGUGGAUCCUUAAUUGUAGCUUUUGAAGGAUGCCCUGUGUAGGUCAUCAUUCGGUGCCACAGAUGGAAAGCUUCCGUGUUUAAUGUUAUCCUCUUGCUACAUAAGUAAAGCAAAUAAGUUUAGGCCAGGGACUUGCUGAGGGGGAGCUGUCUUGUCACUUGGUUAGGGUAAACGAACUAUUCUAUGAACAUGUGCAAAUGGCCCUAAAUAAAUCUAAACUCUAAAGUUUCAUCGGUGUGAAAUUAAAUUCUUAUUGGCUAAAUGCCUGUUUCGAUGCGUUGACUUGUAAAGAUUUUUGUUAAGCUCGUGAUUUUUAAUAGUGCGGUUCACAAAACAGUCCACGGCCACAUGGAGAGAAUCAUUAUAUCUUUGUUAACCUCAGCAGUUAACUUUGUUUCCUUUGCUUAGAGAAUUGGUCAUAAUCUGGUUAUAAUUUUGGCCCAAAUUCUUUAUUUUCUGUUGCGCUAAACUGAAUAAUGGAAGAUAAUUCUCCUCACAGCAUGUAACAGCACUAGUAUACUAACUUCAUAAGAUUGUCAGGCAGCCCCUUGAUUCUGCCAGAUGUGUGGUGGAGACUGCUUAGAACCAGCGCUGAUCUUGCAAAGCACUACUUCGAGCACAUAGUUGGCAUGCAGGAAGCAGCUCCUGCACCUGCGGCUGCUCGCUAGUCUAGUGGAGAGGCUGUUCUGAGGGUGACCUUGCAUCUUGGAAACCAGGAGAAUGUGUGCUGUCUUGUAAUAGCAAAUUAUAAUGCAGAUUCGGGCUCCAGUAUAAUCCCUUUUGUUAAUGAAAAUGGUGAGGUGGUGUAUUGACAGACUGGGAUGCUGGGAUCUUUGUGUCUCCUUCAGAACUUUGUUGCUUCUGGUACAGUAAGGUUUGGAAGAACAUUAUGUUUACCCUGGGGCCCGGGACGUGAACCGGGGGCAGGUGUGACGGCCAACACCCACAGGAAGCCACGCUGAGGACACCUGGAAGCGACUGCCUUUCACAUCACAGGCGUAACGCUGAACAACACAGAGAUGCACAAUCAGUGGAAUUUAGAAGUAGCAGUACUGGCUUUAUGUAAUAAAGGAAGCAUUUUUAAUUUA